ACGGACCAAUAAAAAAAAAGACAAAAGACUUGGGGGGAAAAAUUAAUUGAAAAGAAAAAGGGAAGUGUGUUGCUGGAAGAAAAAUGAGAGUAAAGGAGUGGGAAGCCGUAUUAAUUGAGGCCAAUGAGCCGUCUGUCCGAGAAGCUCCCUCUGCACCUCCUCCUCGUCAGACCCACCAAGUUCCUCUCGCAAAAGCUCGUUCGCCUCUCCCUCUCCACGCUCCACCUCUGCAAGUCCCUCGCACGCGCCAUCGCCUCCAAAACCCUAGCUUUCUUCACCAUGGACGACCUCUUCUCCUCCUCCGCCAUCGAAGACGACCUCUGGGACAUCGACUCCAGAUACCGCUUCCGCCCCCAACGUCGCCUCCUCGGCGACGAUUACGACGACGGCGCUGACAACUCCAUUGACAAGGUUUACUUGGUUCCCUAUAGGUGGUGGAAGGAGUCGCAGCGUGAUCAUGAUGACGAAACGGGAGGUGUUUUAUACUCUGUAUCAGUGAAUGAUGACACCGACUCCGAAAUCGUUCUGGAUUUGAAGAAGGUCGAUUCUGGAAAGAGUAACAAGGCAAAAGAAGGAUUUUCAGGCCGUGAAUAUGCCUUGCUUCCUGAAGCGUUGUGGUUGCGGGCCCUCAAACGGCAUUAUGAUCUUAAUGCAGCAGAGAAGGAUAUUGGAAGUCUCUAUGGUGCUGGAGAUUCUUUGCAGGAUGUGUUUCCCAUACAAAUUAGGCUUUUUGUUUUGUGGGAAACAAAUUCCUUAGUGGUAAAAGUUAGCCAAAAGGACAAUGUGCAUAAUUCUUACAAGAGAGCCCGCAAUAUUUUCGGUUCUGAAUCUGAACCUUUAAGCAUUUGGGACUUCUCAGGCCAGACAACACAAUUUUUUUUUUAUGACAGAAUAAAUAUGAGUAAAGAUACUCCUGCACAACUGGGGAAAGAGAUUCUUCUUGAAUUGCAAGUCUAUGGAUUUUCUGAUGCUCCAAGGGGCAGAGAUGAGAGGAAUGGUGAGAUGGCUAUACAGUCCAAGGUGGAAGAUCCCUUUUGCAGUGGCUUUUUUAAGAUGAAUGGGAGCACUGACAGAGUGGACUGUUUUUUAAAUUUAACUAACUCAUCACGAAGUGGUGGUAGCUAUCAAGGAGCUGGUUCCUUGGGCUUGACAGGAUUACUGAAUCUUGGGAACACUUGUUUCAUGAACAGUUCCAUCCAGUGCUUGGUGCAUACUACAAAGCUUGUUGAUUAUUUCCUUGGAGACUACCAGAAGGAGAUAAAUUAUGAUAACCCAUUGGGGAUGAAAGGGGAGCUUGCUUUAGCAUUUGGAGAUUUACUAAGGAGGCUAUGGGCUCCAGGAGUGAGGCCUGUGGCUCCGAGACUGUUCAAGAAAAAACUUGCAGAUUUUGCUCCUCAAUUUAGUGGCUAUAACCAACAUGAUUCCCAAGAGUUUCUUGCAUUCUUGUUGGAUGGACUCCAUGAAGAUUUAAAUCGUGUUAAGUGCAAGCCGUAUAUUGAAGCCAAGGAUGUUGAAGGUCAUCCGGAUGAAGAAGUAGCAGAAGAAUAUUGGAAGAAUCACCUUGCUCGCAAUGACUCCAUAGUUGUUGAUGCAUGCCAAGGUCAGUAUCGAUCAACGCUGGUUUGCCCUCUUUGCAAGAAGGUUUCUGUCACAUUUGACCCAUUUAUGUACCUAUCGCUUCCAUUACCUUCAACAACAAUGCGGACAAUGACGUUGACAGUAGUGAGCACUGAUGGGACUACAUUGCCAGCUGUGUAUAACGUAAUUGUUCCAAAUAGUGGGAGGCUCACAGAUCUUAUUGAUGCCUUAAGCACUCAAUGUUCUUUAAGAGAUGAUGAAACCCUGUUAGUAGCUGAGGUAGUCAUAAAUGCUAUAAAAAGCAUUCUGAAUUGGCUUGAGCCAUCUGGUGCUAUAGCCUUGAUCAGGGAUGAGGACAAAGUUGUUGCCUAUCGGUUACCAAAAGACAGUGAGAAAUCACCCUUAGUGGUUUUCAAGCAUCAACAGGUGGAAAAUUAUGGCAUUACCCCAAAAAGGAAGACAUUUGGCAUUCCACUUGUAGCAAGGUUGUCUGAUACUUCUAAUGGAUCUGAUAUUCGUAAAGGGUUUUUGAAAAUACUCAGUCCAUUUUUAAUGCCCAACGAAGAUGGAUUAUAUAAUUACGAUGAGGGUGCAGGAAAUUCUGGUAAGGAAGAUUCUGAAAUGGAGGAUGCCACCAGCCCUACUGUUUUGGAUGCAGGUGCUGGGUCAGAUGGUGGUAGACUGGACGAGACACAGUUGGAUACUGACUUCCAGUUCUACAGAGGACCAGAGUUUUCUGAGAUAGAGAUGAAUGAGCCAGUACUGGUCUCGGGGUCGAUCAAGGAGUUGGAGGUGAUUGUUCUAUGGUCAGAUAAGAUGAUUGAGACGUAUGAUACAUGCCUUCUCAGCUCACUGCCGGAGGUCUUUAAGCCCCAGAGGUCCAUAAAUAGGACUCAAGAUUCUGUUUCUCUAUACAAAUGCCUUGAAGCCUUCUUAAAGGAAGAGCCAUUAGGACCAGAAGACAUGUGGUACUGCCCUAGCUGUAAGAAUCCUCGGCAAGCCAUCAAAAAGUUAGAUCUCUGGAGAUUGCCCGAGAUUCUUGUUAUUCAUUUGAAGAGGUUCUCAUAUGGACGAUAUUUUAAGAACAAGCUAGAAACAUAUGUCAACUUCCCAGUUGAUGAUCUGGAUUUCUCAACCUUCAUUGCCCACAAGAAUAGCCAGUUGUCCAAUCGCUACAUGCUGUAUGCCAUUAGUAAUCAUUAUGGAGGUUUGGGUGGCGGUCACUAUACUGCAACUGUUCAUCAUGGCAAUGGUAUGUGGGUUGAGUUUGAUGACGACAAGGUUUUCCCUAUCUCCAAAGACAGGAUAAAGACAUCAGCUGCGUAUGUUCUUUUCUACAGGAGAGUCCCGGAUGUAUAAUCCGUCAUUGUUGUAUAGUUAAUUCGAACAAUUUGGAAGCAGGAUACAGCCAGCAAGGAUACGGCCAAUGAAAUGGAUAAAGUUUUUUUCCUCGAACCAUUUCAUAGGUUUUCUCUAGGAGUAACACACUUUUGGUUAAACGUAGAGAAAAGGAACAAAGGAUAUAAUGUUGUACAGCUUUCAGUGGGCAGUAGAGACCAAAGGAACAGAGGAUUCAAUACUGUACAGCUUUUCAGUGGGCACCAAUGAAUGGGGAUAGGUUACUACAACCUUUUUUGUGUUACUUGUACAUAAAUUCAAAAUAAUUCUUGACUGACCCUCACACAACAUAUUAUUUAUUACAUAUUUGGAUAUAUUAUCCAUUUUUGUUUC